CUCUUAAUAUCAUCUCUCAAAUUCAACUUAUUUUUUCAAAAAAAAAAACUGGUUUUUUUUUAAAAUAAUAAUAAUAAUAUACAAAUAAAAAAAAUGAUUUUACCUAUUGAAAUUAUUUCUGAAAUAUUUAAUAAUCUUUCAACUAGAUUAUUAUGCAGAUAUUCUGUUGUCUCUCGUAAUGUAAAUCAUGAAAUAAAAAAAAUAAUUGUAAAAAGGUUUAAUAAUGUAUUUUUAGAUUCCGAUAAACGUUUAUUGGUGUACAUGUCAAGAUACGAUUUACUCGAAUUAUCACAAGUUUAUUACGCAUUUGAUUUGGGAUUUAAAUCUUUAAAUACCGAAAAUUUAAAUUCAAUAUUUUCAAUUUAUCAAAAACCAUCAUCAUCAUAUAAAUUUAAUCAUGCUCCAUUAGGAUUAAAAUUACGUGGUGGGGGUGUGUUUAAUAAUAAACCAUUAAAUUCUUGUAUAACAUAUUUGGGAUGGGGAGCAACAUCGGAAGAAAAGGAGGCUAGAAUAUAUAUUUUUGAUUCGGACAUUUCUCAUACAAAUGACAUUUCACCGUGUUAUUAUGUUACAAAUGGAAAAUUAAUUACACCUAUAGAUGGUUGUAAAUCAAGUAAAGGAUCAUGGAGUUCUUCCUUAUUACAAAAGAAUAAAAAAAAAAUACCUAAAACUGAAUUUUCUGGUACAAAUGAAUUAAAUGAUAAUAUAGGAAUCUCUUAUGCGAUUGGCAUGUUGAAAUAUGUUUCAAUUAAGGCUGAUGCACUAUUGGUUGCUUAUGAGGAAAAGAAAAGAGAUAAAUCUUCAACAGGUGUAAAAUAUUUAAUAAUGAGUGGUGGUGAACAACAUUUGAAACAAAAGAAAACUUGUAUUAUUUCUUAAUUCGGGAAUUGUGG